UAAAAAAUUGUACACCGCAUUGUUUUUGCCAGGAUUACCGAUCAGACGGUGAAUCAAUCGAUUGUUAUGUAAUCGGUUACGAAUCGAAGAUCGUAGGAAAACGCCGAGUCAGUUUUCCACUUGUUUUGGGCUCUUGUCGCAAACAAAUUGAUAGUUCUAUAGCAACUAGGCUGCCGAGUAAGAUGUUGAACGGGUUAUGCUGAGGGAUUGACUUACUUAUUUCAUAUUGAUUGGAUUGAAAUGAAAACAUGAAUUUUCACUUGAGAAACGGCACAUUGAAAGGAAAUUACCGAGUACAACUAAACAGCUGAAACAACAAAUAUGCCACCGAAUUCAAUAAACGAGAUGGUUUCGGGUAGUUGUGUAUUUUUGACUGGUGUCACUGGAUUCGUCGGUGGAUGUUUACUUGAGCGAAUUUGCCAACUCGAUCCUGGACCGGAGCGAGUGUUUGUUCUUGUGCGUGAAAAACGUGGAGUGGAUCCUCAUAGUAGAUUGCAAAAAAUGUUCUCCUCUCCACUUUUUUCAAAAACACCAAAGAAGAAUCUCGAGCGAGUUCACGUGCUGGAAGGUGACAUGGGCAACAACAAUAAAAAUCUGGGCUUAAGCGAGGCAGACCAACAAUUGAUCAUCAGCCAUUGCACACACGUUUUUCACGUGGCCGCUUGUAUAUCAUUCGUGGCGCCUCUCGAUCUCGCGGUAAGGAUCAACUUGCGUGGGACAUGGGCAAUUUUACAACUGGCCAAACAAAUGAAGAAACUCAGAGCAAUGGUCCAUGUGUCUACGGCUUAUGCCAAUUGUACUCGGGACUCCGAUCACGCUGAAUUUCAAGAGCAGAUCUAUCACGAAGACGUCGAUCCUGUCGAGGUCAUUUGCGCGUUGAAAAAGAUGUCGCUGGACGAGAUCGAGACAAAGUACGCGAAACUAAUCGGCAAGUAUCCCAACACCUACACUCUGGCGAAACGGUUGGCCGAGAAUCUAUUGGCGCAGGACGGUCGCGGGCUGCCUCUUUCAAUAGUGAGGCCAGGGAUAAUUUUGAACACUUGGCGAGAGCCCUUUCCCGGCUGGCUGGACAGCGUCAAUAGCGGCGCCUGUGGUUUCAUCGCUGGCGCCGCUAAAGGUAUUUUCUGCACCUUUCAGGCACGCGCGGACAUGGUAAUGGACGUGAGUCCGGUGGAUCUGGUGGUCUCGACGAUUCUCGCGGCAGCCCUGAAAGCCGAACGUGAGCCACGACCUCGCCGAGCUCACGUAUUCCAUUGCACCUCGGGCAGCGUCAAUCCCACGACCUGGGCAGCCUAUUGCGACAGCGUCAUUCGCGCCUCCAGGCAAUAUCCGUGCGCUCGUGUCGCUUGGUAUCCUAGGAUGAGACUCACUCGUUGUUUCUUGAGACAUCGGUUGGCCAUUAUUGCUUUUCAGAUGCUUCCUGCUUUCUUCAUCGAUCUUUUUGCUGGGUUUCUCAAACCUCCUUAUAGUGUCCUAGAAAUUCAGCGACGCUAUAUAAAAGGCAGCACGCAGGCCUCGUAUUUUUCAUUGCGCGAAUGGGAAUUCACGAGAAAUGCGGCUGACGAGCUAAUCGAGAUGCUGCCCGAGGAGGAGCGUAAGAAGCAUCCGAUGGAUCCACGACUGAUCGACUGGGAGGUUUACUUCAAAAAUUGUGUAAUUGGCACGCGCACCUACUUCCAUAAAGAAUCAGCCGAAAGUUUGCCCAAGGCUCGCCGGACAAUUGCUUUCUUGCGCGUAAUUGCGGCGCUCGCGCCUCUGCUGAGUUUCUUCGGACUCUCUUGCGCUUUUGUGCUCCUGGCAGGACUUGUCUGGACUACUGCUGCUUCGGUCUCGGCGAUCCUCGUGCUCACACUCGUCUGCCUAUAAAACCACUAACACUACGCUGCAGGACAAAUGGUUACUUCAUUUUUUCGACAUGGUUUAUCGGUUGGAUAAUGGUUUUUUCUGCUUCGAUACUAAGACUCAAUGAAUAAUAUACUGAGCUGAUGUUCAACUUUGAGUAUAGGUUCCGUUCAUACAAGUAAUACAGCUAGAACAUCUAUUGCAUUAUUGUUUUGAUUAAGUAAAAAACGUACAAAAAGUCUUAUCAGAUGAUCAGACGUUCAAGCAUGAAGCCAGCAAAAUACAAAAGAGAUAAAUUUGCUGCAAAUGUAAUAGAAAACCAGUAAUUUUAUGAAAUGUUCAUUUCAAAACCAAUGUAACGAAUCAAUAAAAUCUUUGUAAUU